CAGCGAUCGCCGGUGCGCUGUGUCCCUCGGACACAGCAGAUCACGGAAAAGAGCCGAAGAUGUCGGCUCGGUCAUGUGAUCAGCUGUGUCCAAUCACAGCUGAUCACAUGGGACAUGUACACUGAUCAUCAGGGCACUGAUGAUUAGUGUGCCCUGAUGAUCAGUGUGGCCCCAGAAGUGCCACCUGUCAGUGCUCAUCAGUGCCACGCGCCAGUGCCCAUCAGUGCCGCAUCAAUGCCACAUAUCAGUGCAUACCAGUGCACAUCAAUGCCACAUAUCAGUGCCCAUCUGAGCUGCCUUUCAAUGUCACCCAUCAGUGCCAGUCACUGCCACCUAUCAGUGCCACCUAUCAGUGCUGCCAAUCAGUGCCAGUCAGUGUCGCCUAUCAGUGCGCAUCAGUGCCAGUCAAUGCCGCCUAUCGGUGCCAGUCAGUGCCGCAUAUCAGUGCCACCUAACAGUGCCAUCUAACAGUGCCAGUCAGUGCUGCCUAUCAGUGCCAGUCAGUGCUGCCUAUCAGUGCUGCCUAUCAGUGCCGUAUAUCAGUGUCAUGUAUCAGUGCUGCCUUUCAGUGCCCAUCAGUGAUGCCUGUCAAUGCCCAUCAGUGCAACCUACCAGUGCCUCCUCAUCAGUG